AUGGGCCGGAUGAUCGAUGGCAGGCUUGAACUCACCGACGCGAUCGAAUUGGAGGUUGAACACCGACCAAGCCUCGUACUUUUGGGCGGAACCGACAUCAACUCGUGCAUGUUUACAUACGUCCCUGCAAGUGUUCAGCGAUAUUGUAUUGAACACAACAUUCGUCUCUCAGAUUCAGACUUGGAGAAAAUCAACCAGCUGAAUCUCCACAUCCAAGAUAUCAUCCACCGAGAACGUGUCUACUAUAUCUAUGGGUUUCCUCUUCAAAAUUGCCCGCAUGGACGUUUCAUAGAGCCUGGUAAGACAGUCUUUGUCCUACAUACCUUGAAUGGGAAUACUCAGUCAACUAUGGAGAAUGUGAGAGGCUUGCUGGACAGAAUCGAAUACUUGGGACGGGCUCUUCUCAUAGAUCGCCAGUACAUAUGUAUGGGGGACACUCGUGGCUCGUCAACAAAUCGCCUAGAAAGAGCCGAAAGAAAGCUUACUCAAAAGCUGUAUGACUUAUUCGACGACAAGGACUUCGUAGCCGUUGUCUAUGUCUUCCGCUCUGUGAUGGAAGGAGAAGGGAUCCUGAUCGACUCUGAGAUUCCGCUUCACCGAAGACUCCUAGUAACAUUCGAAUUCGCCGGCCAAGCUGCAGAGUCCGGACCUCCUUUGGACGAAGCGGGACAUGUUUCAAGCAUUUCUAGUACGCCAGAGUACUUAUCAUCUGACGAGAUGUUGCGACGAUUGGCAUUCAACGUGCUUACAACUCCGAAUAAGAUCAUCGCAGCCACGACCGGCGGUACUAAUAGACUCAAGAGUCUGGAAACGACGGCAGCCAGAAAGUUGGUAACUGCGAUUCAACAUCUCGGACAGUCCGAAGUUAGUACGGCGGAUGAGUUUGUGAAUCUCGUAAUGUCAGAUGGUGGUCAGGGGAAGGGAAAACAUCUUGGUUAUAAGCCACGACACGGUGUCUUGGAGAAGCUUCGCAAGAUCUUUCACGAUGUACAGAAAAACCUGAUUGAUUGA